GCUUGCGGAAAAUCAAGAUUGUACUCUGAAAAUAGUAUUUAGCAUGUCCUAUGUAAAGCAACCUAAAUCUUUCUAUUCUAAAAUGAAAAAUAUUACUCGAUUUAUUUUAAUAUUAUAUAUUAAAAUUUUUAAAAGACUAAAACUCCCCUCAAUAGUUAGUAAUCAUAGAAACAGAAAUAGACCUGAUUAGACAAAUCCGACAGAGAUAAAACUCUAUGGCAGAGCCCUUUGAAAUAAACAAAACAAAAAAUACUAUGAUAUUUAUAGAAAAAUAAAAUUAUCAAGUAAUUAUAGAAUCUACAUAAUGUCCUAACUCUAUAUACUGAAGAAAAUUGUUUACAUAUUUAACAUGUAUACAAAUGGACGUAAGUACAAUCCUUUUGGAUUGUGGAUGUCAAAAAUGCUGUGCGAAAACUGCUUCUGCGAAUGUAUAUUCAUUUGUAUGAAAAUCGCACGGUCACUGACAACACUGGCACCUACAAUGGACCAGCAAUUUUGUUUGCGCUGGAACAACCACCCAAACAACCUAACUGAUGUGCUAGCAAGUCUAUUACAAAGAGAGGCACUCUGCGAUGUCACAUUGGCCUGUGAUGGGGAAACAGUCAAGGCACAUCAGACGAUACUCUCAGCCUGUUCCCCAUAUUUUGAAAGUAUUUUCCUGCAAAACUCGCACCCGCAUCCAAUUAUAUUCCUAAAAGAUGUAAGAUUCACAGAAAUGAAGUCAUUAUUGGACUUCAUGUAUAAGGGGGAAGUAAAUGUUGGCCAAAAUAUGCUACCGAUGUUCCUAAAAACUGCAGAAAGUUUACAAGUGAGAGGGUUGACAGAAAAUAAUACAUUGAAUCCUAAGACAGAGGACCGUUCAACGCCAUCAGUCAGCGCGGAGAACCUAUCAUCUCGGACGGAGUCUUUCGCGACUCCGCCUGCUGCACACUGUGCGCCGCCCGCGCCCCUCACACCGCUAUCCUCGGCGCCCACGCACCCUGCGCAUCCGCCGCACUCCUUGCCGCUCGAAAAGAGACGCAGAAAGAAUUCCUCGGUGCCAAGAGAAGACGAAUUGUCUUACAGACACUAUGAGCAGGGACAUCUAAAGUCGGUAAAAGGCGGUUCAACGGGCUCGGGGUCGGAGCCGUCGACGCCACCGCCGGCGCACACGCCGCAGCGGCUGACGCCGCGGUCGCCGGCGCACACGCCGCACGUGAAGCAGGAGCCCGAGUCGCCGUACACAGCCGCGGCCCCCGCGCCGCCCGCGCCUGCGCCCGUCACGCCUCACGCCCCCCUCUCUUCCCUCGCCACGCACCAACAUCAUCCGCCGCCACACUUCGACCAGACGCAUCUCACGGGUAUCGGAGUAAGCGAAAUGGCAUCUAUGUUGACCCAGCAUCCACUUGGCAAUGACUGCAACGAGAGCGAGCCUAUGCUGCAACCGCAUCCUGACCAAACUGAUACUAUAGACGGCUCGAAGGGCUGGCACAUGCGGCUGACGUUCGAGCGGGUGGCGGGCGCGCUCAAUCUGCACCGCUGCAAGCUGUGCGGCAAGGUGGUCACUCACAUCCGGAACCACUAUCACGUGCAUUUCCCCGGGCGGUUCGAGUGCCCGCUGUGCCGCGCCACCUACACGCGCUCCGACAACCUCCGCACGCACUGCAAGUUCAAACACCCCGCGUACAACCCCGACACGCGCAAGUUCGAGCCCCCGCCCGCGCCGCCCGCGCCAGCGCCCCCGCACGCGCCGCUCUUCGCCAACCACCUGGACGCGGGCUUCGACUGAUUGUCCAUGUACUGGCUCGGCCUCGACGCUCUGUGAGCGCCCGCCUUGUGCCAGCUCAGACUCUCGUUGUUGAUGUGUCAAAAUUUUAACAGACCGUCUCGCGUCGAAACCGCUUCCUAUUUAGGAUUAAGCUGAAGUGCUAUUACUUAAACGGGCCUUUCUUAGGUACCCCGAACGUGUCGGGUGACUCGUUUAGUAUUGUCUCGGUUGUGCGUUUGACUUGCCCAAGUGUGACCUUGUAUAAGAUUCCAGUCAGGAAUGUAACUAUUAUGUCGAUGUUACUGAUUUAAUAACUUGAAGCGUAUAUAAACUAGGUAAGCAAAUUUUUUUCUAUACCAAUUGCUAUACGGGAACGGGCAAAAGCAAUAAUAUGAUGUUAAUUUUAUUACCAUAUUAUUUUUUAUAUUAUAUAGAUAAGAAUCUUAAGCUAUUUAAGGAUAUACAUUAUUAUUGAGUAGCGGUGCGACCGCGAAGUGAUGCUGGCUAUUAACGGUGGCUCCAGUAUGGGCCCACACUUUCUUGUUAUAUUUAUUCAUUAGAUAGGAAAUUAUGAGUUUCCUGUAGCCAAUUGUAUUUAUGUUAUUAUAUACUACAUCGUACGGGUGGUGCAGAGAAUGACAUCAAACGGAAAGGAUCCAGAGGACUGGGAAAGAGAUUGUGAUCUGUCGUUGGUCAACGACAUAUAAAUAUUGACUGAAUCUCAGUGUAGAUGCAUUUGUAACUCCAUGAGGCCUUUGCAAGAUGGAUAAUUUAUAAGGAUAUGUGAUGUAUUAAAGGAUAGCGCCUAAGGAAACAUACGAAAAGAUUUUUAUACUAGACUAGUUGAUCUAUUUACGGAGAUUGUUUUUUUUUAUACUUAGAUAUAUUCUAUGUCUGAUUUAAUAUACUUUUAUAUUUAUAUAAUAUGAUUUAUUAGUGUUGUUUGUUUUUAUUGAUUCAGCAUAUUAUAGUAACAUUAAUUUCGUUUAUAUUCAGUUGACGUUUAGACACUUUAGAAUUGUCAAAUGAGAUGAAAUGUUAACGUGUUUUAUUAUUUUAUCGUUGGUAGGUGUUUAGUUGUCUUAAAUGGCAGAGUGCCGGCCGCGCCGCGCCUCUUGCCCUCGUGUGAUCGGUGCUUGAGGUCAAAGACCUCGUUCAAUUACUAUAAGAUAGUAAGAAACGUUUCGUGGUUGCGCAUUUAGUAACUAAUAUUGGCAUUCUACGAUUGGGACUAACCUAGCGUUUAUGUAUGUAUUUUUCAAUUAAGAUUUAAGAUUGUUACAUUUUUAGCUAAACACUUAGAGUGGUACGGUAACUGAAAUGUGAUAAAAUGGAAUGGUGCUACAACCAAGAGUGUUAACACGCUACGAUUCGACUCCUAUUAUAAUAUUAUUAAUGUGUUAAUGAUUAGUUACUUUGCAUUAAUUAAUAUAAGGCAUCUAGCAUCCAGUUGAGGUCGCAUCUGUCUGGUCAACGGGUAAAAUUACGCAUGGUCUUAGAGAUUACAGUAUCACUCGAGAUUUUACCUUCAUUUAUUUCUGAUAUCUUUAAUCAAAUUUACUAAUAAAUCAAUAAUAUGACCCGUUUCAAAUCAGAUCAUAGUUUACCAAAAAUAAAAAGUUCAUUAAUAUUGUAAGAAACUACCGCAUCCAAAUAACAAAUCCAUAAUUGUUUCCACAAAUAUAUUGUGGUGUUAGUACUAUUUAGUAGCUGUGAACAUGCAAUUACAGAUGUGCAAUUUUUUGAAAAUAGUCAUAACUCAUAGAUAGAUUUUACAAUUGUCUAUUGAAUUUAGGGGCCCACUUAAAUUAAGCUGUAAACUCCCGUCUAUGUAAUUAAAAUACCGCCAAACAUACUUCUCAUAGUUUUUACACAUAAUUUUAUAAAAUGUUAAGAGAAUUUUAAAACUAUUAUGUAUCGUACAGUGGGCGCUUAUUAUUUGAUAGCAUUUCAUACUCAGUGCAAUAUUACUAGUUAUUUAAUUACGUAACCAAACUAAAGGAUAUGUUAUAUAAUUAAUGUCUUCGAAGAGAGUAACUAUACCUAUUUUGUAUUUGCAUAAGUGAACUCCUCAUUUCUAUUUCUAUCUAGUGAAUCAGUUUGGGUUACGGUGAUGUACAGGUUUUAUAGCUGGUAAUAUUAAGAUUUAGCUUGUUUACCUCUGCCAAUCGUAAUAGUUAUGUACUAUUUAAUAAUUUAUUAUCGCGCAAGUUAAAGUCUAUUGUUGAAAAUAGAUCAUAGCUAUCCAGUGCGGGCGUGAGAGCCCAGUGAGAAUGGUUGAUCAGUGAUCUCCCUAUGGCGCGAACGGAGCCAGCCCAAUGCCAGUUGCGCGUUUGGCAGGUUGCCGCUAGCGUUCUACGCUUCAUCUAAUCAUGAAUGCAUUUUUUAUAUUACUAUCACUCAAGACCAAUUUUGAAUAUUAAAUUUGCUAUAGCAAAUUAAAUGAUUAGUAACAUAGAAUAUUAUUUUAGAUAUUUUAGGUUAGGAUACUUGAUAGUGUCUGGCCAGAAUAUUUUGGAGUAUCACAUCGUUUGGCUCAGAAAAUAUCUACUUUGAUCUCUUUUCGGCUUUCAGGAAGUAUGCCACUUAAAUUAUUAUAUAAUGACCACGUAAUUGGACUUAAUGAAAGCUAACUUUAUGCCAUAUGGAAUUUAUACAUAAGGUUAACGAAUUACUAAAUUUAGUCUUAUGAAAUUGAGGUCUUGUGGACCUAGUCACUUGUUUGGCCAAUCUAUUGAAUAUUCCAAUUUAUUAUAUAUUAAAAUUUACAUUUUAUAUCACAAAGGAUGUGAUAAUUUCUUUUGAAAUCAAUGGAGUGCAGGAUGAGCAUAUGAUGAUAGUUAUUUUCAGGAUAGCAAUGGUCUAGUUAUGUUUAUUUUGUUUCGUCUUUAUAACAUUAGCAAAUUUGUUAUAGUGUCGUAUAUCACAAUAGAAUAAUACUAAUAGGAAGGGGGUGUCAAAUCGUGUACCUAACAGCUGUCUGUAGUCUUGUUAUAUUAUUACAUAAAAUUUUAUGAACUAUUUGUUGUUUAUGAAUAUUUUGUUUAAUUUCUUGGUUUGAUGCCUCCGUUAAAAGUUUAAUUUAAAUAAUUUCGUUUUAUGCAAGCAGUUAAUGCAAUUAUUUUUUUUUCACAUUGUUUGAUGUUAUGUAAUGCAAUCUUAACAUGUUGCAAACUCCUGCAUUUAUCUGUUGUAUUUAUUACUAAUUUUUACAUUAAAUUGUGGUAUGUUACAA